AUGGAUGUCAAUAAUGCCUUUCUACAAGGAGAUCUAUUUGAAGAGGUAUACAUGGAUCUCCCACAGGGUUUUCACAAACAGGGGGAGUACAAGAGUUCCUAUGAUCAAUCUUUGUUUACAAAAAGGGCUAGUAAUGACGUAGUCAUUGUCCUAGUAUACGUAGAUGACAUCCUCAUCACAGGUAGCAAUGAGGAAUUAAUUGAGGAAACUAAAACCACACUUCAUAACAAGUUCAAGGUGAAGGAUUUGGGACAUUUGAGAUAUUUCUUAGGGAUUGAGGUGUUAAGAUCACAAUCUGAGAUCUUACUCAACAAAAGGAAAUAUACAUUGGAGUUACUGGUUGACAUUGGCCUUAGUGGAUCCAAACCUGCUACUACACCUUUAGAGAUGAAUCUCAAACUCACCACUAUUGAGUGUGAUACUCAUAUGGGAAGGUUUGAUGAUGAACAAUUAAAGGAUAUUGUUAGCUAUCAAAAGCUAGUGGGAAAAUUGCUCUAUUUGACUAUUACCAGACCAGACAUAAGUUUUGCAGUGCAAAUACUGAGCCAGUUCAUGCAGCAACCCAAACUAUCACAUUGGAAUGCAGCCUUGAGGUUGAUCAGAUAUAUAAAAGGGUCAUCUGGACAGGGAAUACUCUUGAAAAAAGGUUCAUACAUAAGAAAAUUGGAAGCCUAUUGUGACUCAGAUUGGGCUGCUUGUCCAAACACAAGGAGGGCAGUCACAAGAUAUGCAAUCAAGCUAGGAGACUCUUUAAUAUCUUGGAAACCCAAAAAGCAGCCGAAUAUAAGCAGAAACACAGUUGAAGCUGAGUAA